AUGGUCGCAGCCAUCCGCGGUCCUGACAUAAUCCAAGUUUCAACUGGCAAGUAUUUUCUUUUAGAGAUCGUCGUCUGCUGCAUUCUCGUGCUAUUCUUCUUGCUCUAUUUUAAUCGCCUGUUCGCUACUCUCCUCUCGUACGGGAUUCGCGCUUACACUUGGCAUUUCUACCGCGCAUAUGUCGACAUUCAUGCCCUCCAAAUAUCCUUGCUUGGGGGAAGGAUCUUCUUUAAAGGCAUCCGAUACCAUGGGGUGAAUGAAACGAUAUUUGUGCACGGGGGGUUUAUUUCGUGGUGCUAUUGGAGGCGCACUGUGAGGAAAACACACCUAUGUAAUCUCGAAUCCGAUGGUAAACGAGCAAAGGGCAAGCCUUUGGGGAAUGGCUGCGAUGGCGGUAUCCAGGACCCUGGCGUUAGGGAACAAGGAGGAUCUGGCAGAACGGAUUCAGUUCCUUGUCGUCUUACCGCCAAAUUCUAUGGACUUGAGUGGUUUUGUUACAAUAAGACCCCGGCCUAUGACAGUAUUCUCGCAGGCUUCUUUCCCAUGGAAAACUCAGCCUCCUUUGCACGACCACAAUAUCCAGCAAGCAAUACGGUAGACCCUGAAUUGAAGAGGGAUUCGGCGAGAGCUUCGUAUGCAACGGGGUCCGACUUCGAUAGAACGUCUGCUGCAGGCCAUGGUCCUGGUCGGAGUAGGGCCGACGCGGAAACAGUUGAUUCUCAGAAUGGUGAAGACCCUGUCCAGGAAAUGGAGGAGAGUCUAAACAUAUUACUACGGCUUCUACCACUUAAGCUAGAAUGUGAUAAAGGAGCUAUCGUGAUUGGGAAUGAGAACACGAGAUCGGUUUUGACCACUACUUUUGAUGGUGCAACAGGUUUGAUUGAGGCAAACAAUGCUGGGCCACUUGACCUUUAUCGACAAUCCUUCUCUUUCCAGUUUAGCCAUCCUGUCGUUCAAAUGCGGCCCAAUCCAGACUUCAAACAGAAUCAAUUCGAUGCCGCGAAAGGGUUCAGCUCAACACGAGAAGAUCAGAAUGGAACGAAGCGCAAGCGAGACACUAUAUUUAACUAUCAGUUCCAAAAGCGCCGAGUAUGGCACAGCAUCCGUGAACUUAUUCCUUAUUUUCAAACUUCUGUCGAAUCCUUUCAUGUGACCGAAAGGCAUCCCAACGCGGCGUCGAAAAACAGGCUGAAUGGUCGCAAUGACGUGCGUUGGGUUGGCCUCUCCCGGUAUAUGGAUGAGACAAGUCAGGAUGACCAUAGCGAAUGGAAUCCUAUCGAGUACGGUAGAUUUUCAACCAUUUUGGACACCCCUAGUAUGACUGUAGCAUAUUAUUGGGAUAUUCCUGGAUGUGUGCGGCCUCAACCUCUUCAGGAACGUUCACUUGGCAAAGGACCACAUGGCAUCAAUGGUGCCCCACCACCUGAAUGGGGAAUGGAUGUCAAGAUUGAAGGCGGUACUAUUAACUACGGGCCUUGGGCUGACCGGGAGCGAGUUGGCCUUCAAAAUGUGUUUUUCCCCAAUUCCUAUCGAAGCUCCCGACCGGCAGAACAAUUGGCUCCUGGAGAUCUGAGGAAGAGUUCUGUCUUCAAAUUUCGAGUGGAAUUCAGUGAAGAGAUAACUCUGCGUAUUCCAACAAGAGAGCCUUCCAGAGACUGGCAAUGGAAAGGCAGAGCCAGUGCAAUAAGAGGCGCCUCUAAGUUGAAGAAACAGCCGCGGAGGAGGCAGUCCAGGGCUGCUGAUGGCGACAAAGGAAAUGUUGGACCAGAUAUCCGACCGUUUGGCUGGUUCUCGCUCCGCAUAGCCAGGGAUUCUACCCUGAAUUAUGCUAUGGACAUGGUGGCUUCGAGAUCUGGGUUCUCCAGCCGACUUGAUCUCGACCUUCGGGAGUCGAGAAUGUCGUCAAGUGUCAACCAUACAAUACUAUGGCAAUGCCCGAGACAACUUAUUAACUGCGAUCUCUCGGUUCCCCUGACCUGGAAUAGCCUCCGGACGUGGAAAUUUGACGUAGAGAGUCAUGAUAUGGAACUGUUCUUACUACGUGAUCACAUAUUUCUGCUAACGGACCUUGUCGGUGAUUGGGGCUUAGGUCCGCCUCCAGAUUACUAUACAUUUGUGCCGUUCAUCUACAAACUCAGCCUUUCAUUCGUAAAUUUGAAGCUAUUUGUGAAUGUCAAUGACUUGAAUAUCAUCAGCGAUCCUUCCGAUUUGGAUGACAAUCGUUUUCUGGUUAUCAAGGGCAAGACACUUACAUCUGAUGUCUCGAUUCCCUUGACAAAAUACAGAUCUGAGCAAAAUGCCGUGGAUUUCAGUGUCAGAUUGUAUGACGCUGGAAUAGAUUUUCUGGCCCCGUUGUGGGAUACACUGCACUUGUUUUUGCAGAAUAAAUCCACAGCCACAUUGGAUACGCUUUCCAUUGAUGGAACAUACAGCUAUUAUUCCUCUACCUCUCCUGAGCUGACAGAUACUCUAUAUUUUAAUAUCGAUGGUCUGUCGCCAAGACUUUACUUAUUCGGGUUUUUAAUUCGGUGUUUCAUGACUGUGAAAGAGAAUUAUUUUGGAGAAGACGUGCACUUUAAAACCCUCGAGGAAUUCCAGGAGCUUGCAAACUCGAAUGAGCAGCCGGAGACUUUGAACGGUAUAAAUCCAAACAGGAAAUCAAAUGACCUCGAUGUGAUUUUGCACGUUACUGUGGACAGCCCUCUUGCUCUUCUCCCAGAAAAUAUCUAUGACCAUUUAAGCUGUUUGCAGCUCACUGCACCUUCCCUAGAGAUUGACUUGCGAUUCACAAACUAUUAUAUGGAUUUACAGUUUUCCAUAGCUCCCUUGAAAGUGGGCCUUGAAUCAGAACUCUCGAACCAGUCAGCCACCGUUUCUGGUACUCAGCUGUUCAUCGAUGGUGUUUCAAUCCAUGGCCAUCGGCUGUUCGGUCUACCCCCUACAGAGCCGACGUAUGUUUGCAACUGGGAUUUUAGGAUAGGCCAGAUCAUCGGGGAAUGCUCAACAGAGUUUCUGGCCUGCUUAGGAACGGCAUUGAAGAGCUUUGACUUCUCCUUCGACAAUGAAGAGAAUGCUCUUCCGCGAUUAUUCCCAAUUGUUCUUCAUGAUGUUACAUUUCUACGUGUCAAUGUCGAUUCCAUCCAUCUCUCGAUACUUUUAGAUAAGGGAGCAUUAAUCCUAAGCUCCGGUUCUGUCGCCGCUCAGCUAAAUGACUGGGCAAAUGAAAGAUUCUCGAAACGUAUGAGCCUUUCUGUGCCAGACCUUUCCAUUGCUGCAGUUGACUACAAGUUUGCUGGCCGAUUUGGGGUUCUUCACACCAAAGUCAGCCCGCUCGCGAUAUUCAAGGCGACAAUAAAAUUGCGAAUGGCACAAAGAAAGAGUGAUAUCAUUGAAAGUCGAAGACUGCAACAAGAACAUAUUAGAAUACACGAUGAAAGGACCCAAAGAGCACCGUGGCUGCUUUUUGACUGGGAUGAUAUGGAUCCUGAAUCAAUGCAUCUGAAAAAUGACAAAUUAGGCAUGCCCACUAUAGCUAUACCUACGAUGCCCGACCCCCUUGUGCGAAGCCCUAAGAUGCUGGAUUCCUCACCAGAAAGACGAUUUACUGGAAACCGGAAGACUCUAAGCUCUAGAAGUUUUCUGGUGUCCUCAGAAACUUCAAGCAUGAGAAGUAGCCGCCGAGGGACAUCUAGCAUCUACCGUGUGCCGAGCACAGCCUCGAGAAAGCCUCAAGAAGACAUUCGCAUAUUGGGAGGAGAUUAUCAGACAUCAUUUUUAUUUGAAGAUCGCAAAUAUGCGAGAGAGUCGCCAACACAUGUUCCAGAGGCAAACCCCUGGGCCAUGCCAAAUUUUACUCUUCACAAGAUCGAACUAGACAUGUCUUAUCUUCCAUCAGACCUUGCAUUCGAUACUGAUACUAUUCAAGAUGGCCCUGAAGUUGGGCACUUUGACUCUCAAUUCUCUCCGUUUGAACGUGACGAAACAACCCACACGAACUUUGCCCUUGAGUUACCCGUUGGAUUUAAAGGGUUUUGUACUCCCGAUUUCCUUUUUAUGAUAGCGACAUUGGUCGGGAAAUUACAGCCGAGACACCCGGUUGAGAUCAUCGACUCUCUUCAAAUAGAUGUUAUAUCAGACCUAGUAGGCUACGAGAAAUCAUUGGCACAGCCGAAGAAGUCGACGGGCUUUGCAAUUCGGGCUCCUUUUAUACUCGUUAAGUUGGUCAAUUCAGAUGAACAACUUGCCAACGAAGAGGUCAGUUUCCAGGACGAGUACAGCCUUACGAUAAGUCGUCUGAAGACAGAGUUCCGAACAAGAGUUGAACGGCAUAAGGGCGAUCUUUUGGCCGGGAUCAGUAAAAGCUCUACUGUCCAUGCAGCUGCUGAAAACCUUUCGAUAUCUGUUCGGGGCAAUCGAAGUGAUGUCUAUCAGGAAAAAGCCGAUUUUAGUUGUGUGUUCGGUGACCUGAAUUUUUGGCUUGUGACGAGGCCUACAACAAGACUCCACUUCCAGACCCGAGCCUUUGACACUGUCACUUUCACCAAAUCUGCGGAGCAUCUGGCAUUUUUGGUUAGUCGCACAACGACUAUGGUCGAUUCUAUCACGUCUUCCUUCCAGCAAAGCUCGUCGCUUGAUAGCAAACGCUUGCAACUCCUUAUAUACUACCUUACACAAUGGGCUACAGAUAUUCCCGAUCCCACGUUCCUUACGCGGAUUUCCUAUGUGCUUAGGGUGACGCCUACUCAUGUGCGGCAGCAUGAUUCCUGGAAAAUAAUAUCCCGCAUCCGCAAUGUCUACAACCGUCUUCCUGUGGACCAGCAACUGGACUUGUCUGCGAAAUGUCUGAGCGAUGACCUUUCCUUGCCACGAGAUGCCCAGACGAUUGUGUUGAGUAGCUUUGAUCAAUGGCGCGCUUGGGACUUGGCACACGUUGAGAAAAGCUACGUAAUGCAAAGAGUAUGGGAUUCGUUUGCCGGUAAAUCAGAAAAUCUACCCAUACCACUAUUGUUUUCUUCAACAGUGAGAAUGUUCCGGUUCUCUAUUGACCCUGGGCCAAAGGAGACCAACUUGGUAGUUGAGGAUUUGUCAACCGCCAUAGCUGUCAAACCACAAAAGUACACCUCUUUGAAAAGGGAAGAGCGAUAUAAGAGCUUGAUUAUUGUUCAAUCUUAUUGCUCUUCUACUAGCCUUCGCUUACGAUGGGAGAUCCUCGACCUUGCCAAGGGUGUAAUGAAGACGAUGUCUAAUGUUCAAUUAAAAUCCACUACUCUAGAACGGAAACCGAACGAAGAAGUUAAAGAACGGGACGAGCUACAAGCCGUGUUUGGCACGGAACUUGGGUCUGUCACUCUGGAUGGCAUCAAUGCCAAGUUGGCUUGUAUUUCUCAGGGCCUUAAGGGCUCCGUUAUUGACGGUGCUGCUGGCCUGGCUGUAUUGAUUAGUGCUGAAACAGGCUCUUCGGAACUAUCAAAUCUUUCGAAGGUCCUCAUGUCUUGGAAGAUCGGCAACCCGUAUGUCUAUCUUUCACGCACGUCUGAGGAAACCGAGACUGAAGUGAGAUACGAGUGGAAGGUUGCUGGAUCAUGCAAGAAACUUCGAUACUUAAUGGAGGAAGAUCUCAUAAACCUUGCUUAUACCGCAGAUCGGCUGAUAGAACACGAAGUUCGAUACAUCCAUGGGCUCACAAAAACUCUGGAUCUCUCAGCUCGCAAGUCAGACGAAAUCCCUGCUGCAAAGCCAAUCCGAAAUAUGUUUCAUAUUGCAAUGUUCUUGGGUGACUAUCAACUGAGUUUCCGUGUUUUGCCGUCAUUGACAUACAUGAUCUCGGGGGAGGUCGCACGGACAUGUGUUAUACAAACGAUGGAUGCAAAAGUUGAGGUAGAUUUCGAUUUGAAAAAGAAUCUGCAUACAUUCCUAUCAGGGGAAGGGGAUAAAACACAUCAGUUAUCAGUAUUAGAAAUACCGCCAAUCAAUGGCCGUGUUGUUGCAAACUUGUCGCCGGUCCGUACUGAUAUGGAGGUGGAUGUUACAAUCGAACUUAUUCAACUGGAGGCAAGCUCUGUGCGAAGUUUGCUGGGGGCCCUCACAACGCCUGAGUUUUCUCAUUUGAUGUCGGACCUUAAACAAAACCUAGAGACAUUGCAGCUGCAUCUCGUUGAUGCUCUUGCCUUGAAUAAGCCUCCUCUGCAGCAUAAGGAAUCACAAGACAAUGGCCACAGCAUUCUCUACAAAGCACGUAUGACAAUGGCCGGAACCAAAAUCCACGCCACCGCACCUGCCGUCAACGGGAAAAGCUAUACGGCAGACAUGGAUCUCAGCUUGGGGAUGGUGCGCAUGCGCCUAGACAAUGGCUUGGAGGAUGGUUAUCCAAUGGAAUACCCCGAGUUUCACAUUGAUACAUCGAAUAUCAGCUUUAAUCUACGAAAGAAGGAGGCACUCAGGAGCCGUUCGUACUGUGGCUUAUCUAUUGACGCUAAACUUCAGGCUACUUCCAUGAGACGGGAGAAUGGGGACCUUAGGCGAGUGUACCAUCUCAGCAGCCAGCAAUUCGACGUGGAUCUAUUCUCUGAGACGGCUCCACUGGUGGUUGAUAUGGCCGUCCACCUCCAAGAACGCAUUAAGACAUUGGAUAUAUCGCAUGAAGUAAACCGUCUCAAGAAGCUGCGACGACGAGGUCACUUAGAGCUAAAACCCAAGGCACCGGAAAUUCCUGAUAUCCGGGUCAAUGAAGACUCCAACCAAGAAGAUCUCUUUGAUGCCAUGUAUUUCUUGGACCUCAACAACAUUCAGAUUAGUUGGAACAUGGGCACAGUGCCGGUGCCUGUACCCAGGCGUAAGCCGAACGAUCUGGUGUUCUCUAUAAAAAGGGUGAAUCUAUCGAACAAAAAGUCAAACGCUGCAAAGCUUCGCAUUGAAGACGUGCAACUGCAGAUGGUUCCGUACCACGCCCACAGGAAGAAGCGGUCCCUUAAUUCAGCCUUGUUGCCGGAGUUGGUUUUCAACGUGGCUUACUCUUCUACAGGAGAGGAUGUUCGACUUGCCUUCCAAGCAGCCGGGAAAUCACUGGAUAUACGAGCCACGUCCGACUUCAUUUUUCCAGCAAGCAUGAUACGCGAUUCUAUUGCUGCCUCCAGCAGAGUUGUUCGUGAGGCCAAUUCUGCCUUCGUUCCGAAACCAUCUGAAGACAAUACCAAGCAUCGUUCUCUUUUUGGGAACAGACGAUUCCGGUCUGUGUUGGUGGACGUUGAUUUUGCUGGAGCGAUUGUUUCACUGCAGGGAAGACAUACGGAUGAUACGCAGACUAUGCUGACCGCAACGUUGAAGAAAGGCAAGCUAUCAGAGGCAAGAUAUGACCAGUGUGUCCAGGGAGAUGAAGCUUCCACAGCAACAUUCAGAGCGCCGGGAGUCGCUUUGAAGGUCCAGUUUGAAGACAACCAGGAAGACUCGGCGCUCAAUGCGGAAUUGAAAGUUGAUGCCUCCACAAAUGUGCUUUACCCAAGUCUGGUCCCAUUAGUGAAGCAAAUGACAGCGACCGUUAAGGAAGUCAUAGGAGAGCAAGGAGAGCAAGAUAGACCUCGAAGACCGUCUAGCGCGAUGAUGUUGCAGCCACAAAAAUUGAUGCAGGAGACGCAGCCCGAGAAAGAGAACAAGGACUCAAUACUUGGACGAUGCAAAUUGAACGUGGGCCUCUUAAUUUGCAAGCAGGAGUUCAGCUUGAGCUGUCAGCCCAUUGCCAGGGUGGCAGCUACGGCCAAAUUUGAAAGUGCCUACGUAACGAUCAACACGGUGCAGUCUGAGGAGCAUGGGCGAUUCUUUGCUCUUCUGGUUGCUUUCAACUCCUUAGAAGCGUCGGUGAAGCAUGUAUAUUCCAACGAGUCAACAGCAAGUUUUGAGGUGAAUUCGAUGGUCAUGUCUCUCAUGAAUAGCAAACAUCUUGGCAGCGUAAAGGGCAUUUCGGCGGCCCUCAGAAUUAGUCCGAUGCAAGUGGUUCUAAAUGCCAAACAGGUGCAAGACUUUCUUCUUUUCCGCGAGAUUUGGGUGCCAUCGCCCGACGUCAAUGCUAGCCCUACACUCUCACCGCAAUCAACAGAGGGCCAAACUUAUAUAGUGCAACGGUAUCAGCAGGUGGCAUCCGCGCCUGCAUUUCCUUGGAACACGACAAUUUCGGUCGAAAAGUUGGAGAUCCAACUUGACCUAGGCUCUAGCCUUGGCAAGGCCCUAUUCGGCAUCAAUGACCUGUGGCUGUCUUCAAAAAAGACAUCUGAUAGGGAGCAGACUCUCUGUAUUGGCUUCGAGACAGCUGGCAUCGAGAGUAAAGGCCGCAUGAGUGGAUUGAUUGAGUUCCAAAAGCUCAAAGUUCAGACUUCGAUCCAGUGGCCGGAUGAUGGCCUCCAGAUCAAGACACCGCUUAUUCAGGCCUCGGUUUCUUUCCACCAAUUCCAGGUGAAGGUCUCUUUUGACUACCAGCCCUUCCUCAUCGCUCGCAUUGCCAUGUUCGACUUUCUUAUGUACAACAUUCGAAGCGAAUCCGGUGUUGAGCGGCUCUUCAGUAUCUUGGAAGGCGAUCAAGUCCAAGUUUUCUGCACAAGCCUGACUGCGUCACAAGCUAUUGCGCUGUUCCAUGCUUGGCAACGUCUUGUCCAAGAUAAACAGGCUGCGUAUGAGGCCGCUUUGCGAGAGGUCGAACGGUACUUGCGACGAAGAUCGACAGCUUUCAAGGGCAAGUCAGAGUUCCAGAUAAAGGAAGAACCGAGUGAGCCCGCAGAAGACAAGGUCGAAAAAGCACCUAUCUCCCUUCAUACGGGAGUUGUCGUCACCAUCAACUCCGUCACAUUGGGAGUGUUCCCGAGUUCCUUCUUCGACAAUCAUGUUUUCAAAAUGGAGGCACACGAUGCACAAGCCCGGUUUGACGUCUCACUCGAUCAAGGAAAGAUCCACAGUGCACUGGGGCUCACCUUGGGACAACUACGUGUAGCACUGUCAGGCAUUGUGCGGCCGAACACUAUGGGCAUUGAGGAGCUUCUCGUUAGCGAAAUUGCAAAGCGCGUGAUCGGAUCAAGUGGGGGUACGAUACUCAAGGUUCCUCGACUGGUGGCGACCAUGGAAACAUGGCAGAAAUUGAGAGUUCAUCAAAUUGACUACAUCUUCCGGAGUACGUUUGAAGGCAAAGUCGAUGUUGGGUGGAAUUACUCCCGUAUUAGCUUCAUUCGGGAUAUGUGGGAAUCACAUUCCCGCGCGUUGGCAUCUCGUCUGGGCAAGCCUCUCCCGCCGUCCGCAGUGCGCAUUACUGGAGGAUUGGGCGGAGAUGGAACGACCGACAAGGAGCAGCAAGAGAAGAUCACCGCGGUGGUCAAUGUGCCCCAGUCCAAAUACACUUAUGUUGCGCUAGAGCCGCCAGUUAUCGAGACACCUCAGCUACGUGAUAUGGGCGAGGCCACGCCGCCAUUGGAAUGGAUUGGGCUCCAACGUGAAAAGUUGCCCAAUAUUACGCAUCAAAUCAUUAUCGUGACAUUGCUGGAAAUCGCCAAGGAGGUGGAAGAUGCCUAUACGAAGAUCCUGGGGUCUUCCUGA